CCCUAAAACGUAGGGAUUAUAUUCGGAUAGCGAAGAGCGAAAGUGAAAGGUUACAGAGUUACAGGCGUAAUUAGUAGUGUGUAUUAUCGCAUUAAUAAGAUUGCAAAAAAUUGUAUUAUUAGCAGAAAUGUUGCAGCAACUGUUCCAAGUUUGGUUAGAAAAAGUGCCUAACUCAGUAGAAUUGAAACAUCCUUUACAUGUGGCUUUAGAAGAAGAAUAUUUUUCUAAGUUUAAUAUGGUGAAAGAUGAUCAGUUAAUUCACACUUCUUUCAAAGAAGGCCAUUUUUAUGGUGUGCUAAUGAGAGACUACUUUUCUGUUUAUGAAUCAUCAGAAAAUGUAUUUGUUCAUGUUAAUAUUGUUUCUACAGCUGCUACAAAAGCUAACAAAGUUAUUAUAUAUGUCUCAGAAUAUUUCUUAAAUCGUUAUAAGUACAGAUACGGUGAUAAAUGUUAUUUUAAAUUUGUAUAUUGUUAUCCAUUAGAAAAAGUUGUUGUUGGUGUUAAAACAAAAGAGAGCUAUGAUUAUUUUACAAACCCAAAUAAAAAGCUAUGUAAAGAAUUACAUAGUAGUAAUGUGCUUUGUCGUCGAAAUGAUGAGUUGAUUAUACCUUCAUGCAGUUCUCAAGAUAGUGUCAUUUUAGACAGCCAGCCCAUGUGUCAAGGUACACUGACUUUGAAUAGUUCUCUAAUCAUUGCAGACAUGCAAGAUUCAUUGGAUCAUGAUUCUAAUUCUGUCGCUACUGCAGACAUGCAAGAUAAAAUGAACUGUGAUUCCAGUUCUGUCAUAUCACCUGAUACAGAAUUUGAGAUUAAUGUUAGACCCAAACUUGAUACUCCCUUCCAAAGAGAGCUGGUUGAGAAGGAAAUGGAUGAGCAUAGUACAGUAUUUAUAUCAAAAACAGCAAUGUCUGAAUUAAAAUUAGUUAAUGGGUCAUGGGUUGAAAUAGAACUUUUUGAGCGAGUUCUAAACGAAAAAUCGAAUGCAUUCGAAAAAAAGCAUAUAAAAUCCAGAUUUGUGAGAGUUUGUUCAUUUUCUGAUGAGUCUUUUCCAAAUAACAGAUUGGUUUACUUGUUUCCACUUCUUUGGUUCAACUUAAACAAGCAUCCAUCUGCUUUGAUGCAACCACAUUUGAGGCUUCAAAUAAAGUGUUUAAAAAAGCCAAUGACACCUUUCUUUGCUAAAAGUGCUCAUGCGUGUCUCGUACAGUCUUCAAAUUAUGAUGGGAAAGUCCAUUCUCAUUGUGAUGCCAUGCUGAAAAAGUAUUUUGAUACCCCGAGGUUUUUUCAAAAAGGGGAUAUAUUUGCUGUAAAUUCAAAGAAUCAGUUUGAUUUUGCCUUAAGCAUUCAAGAUGAAGAGCUAGAUAAAAUGAAGUGGCCAGUGAUAUACUUUCGAAUUACACAUAUAGAAGGGUCUGAAAGCCCUUUUAAAGGUUAUGUAAUCAGUAAUGGUUACUCUAAGUUAUAUCAUGCUGGAACAAAGCAGGCCUAUAUUCCGGCUACAAUGGAAACGUAUUAUUCACCAUAUCCUGAUCAUCCAAUCUAUGAUUCCAUUUCUGAAGGUCUUGGUCGUUAUGUAACUUUGCUUCAAAAUCUGAUUUUACCAUUCUUAAAACUUCAAAAGGAAAACUGGAAAAUUAGCUCUAACAUUCUUUUAUCAGGUCCUCCUUGUUGUGGUAAAACAACUGUUGUAAAAGCUAUUUGUAAAUGCCUUAAUCUUCAUUUAUAUCAGGUAAAUUGUCAUGAACUGAUUGGAGAGACAGCAGCUACCACUGAAGCAAAAAUUAGAAAUAAACUUACAAGAGCUUCAACGUACACUCCAUGUGUUGUGCUUUUCAAAAAUAUCCAUCUGAUUGGGAAAGAAAAAGAUCCUGGCAGCGAAGAUUCAAGAGUCUUGACUUCUUUUGCUACAUCAUUGAAAGAAGUUAAUGCUAAUAGUGGCAUUAAUCCAAUAGUAGUAAUUGGUACAACAACAGAAUCGAAAGUGAGCAAUGAUUUACUUUCUGCAUUUUUGCAUUCAGUGGAAAUGAAGGCACCCGAUGAAUGGGAGCGUGCAACUCUUCUACAGGAACUUUUAAGUGUCUGUGAUGUUAGUAAUGAUGUAUCAACAUUAUACUUAGCUCAAAGAACAGCUGGAUUUGUAUUAGGAGAUUUAUCCAGCCUUGUUAAGCAGGCAAUCAGAAAUGCUUAUAGCAGAAUUCGAAAAUUAAUCAUUGAAAAAAAUAUAGAUAUUAGAAAAGAAGAAGAUUUGGUUCUUGCUGCUGUUCCAGUUGCGCAAAAGGAUUUAUUGCAUGCUCUUGAAAAAUUACAAGCUGAAUUUGCUGAUGCAAUUGGUGCUCCAAAAAUUCCAAAUGUACAGUUUGAUGAUGUUGGUGGAUUAGCAUAUGUCAAACAAGAAAUUUUAGAUACCAUUCAGUUACCUUUAGAGCAUCCUGAGAUUCUAGCAUCUGGUCUCAGAAGAUCAGGUGUAUUACUUUAUGGACCACCAGGUUCUGGGAAAACAUUACUUGCUAAAGCAGUUGCUACUGAGUGCUCCUUGAAUUUCUUAAGUGUGAAAGGCCCUGAGCUCAUCAACAUGUAUGUUGGGCAAAGUGAAGAAAAUGUUAGAGCAGUAUUCAAUCAAGCUCGAAGUGCCGUUCCAUGUAUUAUAUUUUUUGAUGAAUUAGAUUCUCUUGCUCCAAACAGAGGCCGAAGUGGUGAUUCUGGAGGAGUUAUGGAUAGGGUUGUGUCACAACUUUUAGCUGAGUUGGAUGGCCUUAAUAAGAAAUCUGAAGUCUUUGUAAUUGGGGCAACAAACAGGCCUGAUUUGCUUGAUCCUGCCCUCUUAAGGCCUGGUCGAUUUGAUCGUUUGCUGUAUGUGGGCAUUCCUGAAGAUAAGAGGUCAAAAAUGAGUAUAUUGAAAGCCUUAACACGAAAAAUACCAUUGGCUAAAGAUGUGAGUCUUGAAAAAGUCAUUGAAAAAUGCCCAAAAUAUCUCUCAGGAGCUGACUUUUAUUCACUAUGUUCAAAUGCUGUAAUAAAGAGAGUUGAGAAAAAUGUUGAACAGCUUGAGAAAGGUGAAACCACUAUAGAAGAACUAAGUAGUGCAAUACGCACUGAAGAUUUUUUAAGUGCCUUAGAAAACCUUGUGCCAUCGGUGACUCCUGAACAGUAUGAAGAAUAUUUGCAGAUCAAAUCAAGAAUGGAAAAUAAAUCUUCAGAUUAUUCUAAGUCACAGACUGAAAAUGCAAUACCUGCAUCUUAGCUUUAGGUAGUUCAGAAAUAAAUUCAGUAAAAGGAUUUAAGAACCCAGCAAAUCAAGACAGGGAAGAUGCACAUGAAAGUUCUCUAUCUUCUGAACAAAUUAAAUAUUGCAAAAUUUCAAAAUGAAUCCUUAGGCGAUCCUUAAAUGAUAUAAACAAUUAGUCAAUUCAAAGAUCAGAAAUGAUUUUUCAGUGCCUCUUUAUGAAAUUUUAUUCUUUAUAUGAAAGUAAUCAAAAAAUGAAAAUGCAAGGAGUUUAAUAUUGUAUGGAAAAUAUAAGUAUGUUUAUAAUCAGAUUUAAUUAAAUGCGGGACUUAAACGGUUCUUACCAUUUGUAGCAAAUCCAGGCAAAUUGAUAAUAAGGUAUAUGAAAUUUGUUAAUUAAUAAAACAUAAGUAAAGCAUGCAUGACCCAUUGAUAAACAUAUGUAAUUUGUCGUCCAUCAUGUUAAUUUAAUCAGUAGUAAGGUGCUGAAGCAGUUACUAAAUUUCAUCAAUUUUUUGUUCCAUUAAAAUUUAUUAAUUAUCAGGGUGAUUUUUUAAUUGAAAUAAGUAUACUAAAAAGAAAAGAAAGUGGGACAUAUGAAAAUUAUUUUAAUAAAAUUUCUAA